AUGGAACCACGAUUGCAACGGAGCGACAGUAGAGAGUCUGUUUUCUCAAUAUCAUCAUGCGUUAGCGGGAUUGGGAGUUGGCAAAUCGGAGACAGAGCAAAAGUUAAUAAUCGGGUUGGAACAAUAGCUUUCAUAGGAAACACUAAAUUUGCUCCUGGAGAGUGGAUAGGACUGGUAUUAGAUGAAGCUGCUGGUAAAAACGAUGGCUCGGUUAAUGGCCACCGGUAUUUUUCGUGUGUGCAAGAUCAUGGUUUGUUCUGCAAAUCAAGCAAGUUAGAAAGAGUAUUAAUGUCUCCGGGCCGUUUCAAAUCCCCAACUCCUACAUCUGAACCGAUCAGUAAAUUUGCUGUAGAAUAUGGGUUUGAUGUCGGGGAUAGAGUCAUUGCAGGCGAAAAAACAGGAAUACUCAGAUAUCUUGACACAACUGAUUUUGCUCAAGGCGUAUGGGCGGGGAUAGAAUUAGAUCAAGCCGUUGGAAAAAACGAUGGAAGUGUGCAAGGCAAACGAUACUUUGUAUGUAAGCCCAUGUUUGGUAUAUUCGCCUCCGCUGGUAAGACCCGGAAGUUAGCUACCUCUGCAUCCAAGUUUUCGGUUCAUCAUAAUAAAACAUCAAUACUUCGGAAUCAGAACCGUGUAGGGAGUGCAGGGAGCAGAGAAUCUUUAACAUCUGUUGGAAAAUCUAGUUUAGCUUCAUCCAGAAUGGAGAAUGCUUUGAAAGAAAAAGAUAAACACAUUGACCAAUUGAUGACUGAGAGGGAAAUAGAGCGUGCUGAAAUUAUACAACUCUCCAAACAAAUAAAAGAGCUGCAUGAGCAGACGAAAUCUGACCCAGAAUUGCAAGUUCUGAGAGACAAAUUGAAAUCUUCCGAGGAGUCUAAGAAACUGAUAUACGAAGAAUUACUUCUGAAGAAAAAUGAGAUAGAAGAGCUGACUUUUAGGAUUGAGGAAGAAAAUGCUAUGCGACAAUGUGAAGAGGAAGGGCUUACUAUGCAAGCAGGAGCAACUACUAGUGAAAUAACCGAUGUCUCUUCCUCAGUAUCGAAUCACAUCGAUGUUAUCUCUGACAAUGCGCACUCUGAGCUAGAAUCAUGGAAACAAAAACUUACCAAGUCUCAACAGCAAACAGAUCUAUUGAGAACAGAAAUAAGUUCUAUGGCUUCAACCUUGGCGAAUAAGAGUUCUGAAUUGGCACUGUCACAAUCUGAACUCAUACAAGUUCGUAAGUCUAUUGAGGCGGCCAAAUCGGGAGAAAGCGCGUUGGUGAAUGAAUUGGAAUCUUCUAAUGCUCAAUUGAAAGCUACGAAAAAUGAAAUUAUAGAAGUUUCGAAAGCAUUAGCAGAAGCUCGAGAGCAGGUUUUGGAAAAUGCAAACGAGCUACUGAUAUCGAAGGAAGAGCAGAACCUGAACAUUGCCGAGAUUGACAAGUUGAAAGCGGAAAUUGAUUCUUUGGCUUCAACCUUGGCGAGUAAGAGCUCUGAAUUGGAACUGUCACAAUCUGAACUCAUACAAGUUCGUAAGUCUAUUGAGGCUGCCAAAUCCGGAGAAAUCGCAUUGGUAAAUGAGUUGGAAUCUUCUAAUGCUCAAUUGAAAGCUACGAAAAAUGAAGUUGUCGAAGUUUCAAAGGCUUUAGCAGAAGCUCGAGAGCAGGUUUUGGAAAAUAUAAACGAGUUGCAGGCUUGGAAGGAUAAGCAGAACCUCAAUAGUGCCGAGAUUGACAAGUACUAA